CUCCCCUCUCCCUGGCUCUCCCUCAGUCUCCAGCUCCUCUCUCUCUCCCUCUCCCUCUUCUCUCUCUCUGUCGGGCAGACUCGCCCACCACUGCCAACCCAGGGCUGGGGGGACCCUGCCCAGGCUGUGGCUGCAGGACCCCGCCACCCUCCAUGGCUCCCCUGGCCUUGGUGGGAUUUGCGCUCCUCCUGGGGGCUCCCCCCUGCUCGGGGGCAGCUACCCCGACCCCCUCUCUGCCACCUUCCCCCACCAAUGACAGCGACACCAGCACAGAGGUCUGCCAGGGUUCCAACCGCUGCCAGCCGGGGGUCCUGCUGCCCGUCUGGGAGCCCGACGACCCCUCGCUGGGCGACAAGGCGGCGCGGGCCGUGGUCUACUUUGUGGCCAUGGUCUACAUGUUCCUGGGCGUGUCCAUCAUCGCCGACCGCUUCAUGGCCUCCAUCGAGGUCAUCACGUCGAAGGAGAAGGAGAUCACCAUCACCAAGGCCAACGGCGAGACCAGCGUGGGCACCGUCCGCAUCUGGAACGAGACCGUGUCCAACCUCACGCUCAUGGCCCUGGGCUCCUCGGCGCCCGAGAUCCUGCUGUCGGUCAUCGAGGUCUGCGGCCACAACUUCCAGGCGGGCGAGCUGGGCCCGGGCACCAUCGUGGGCAGCGCGGCCUUCAACAUGUUUGUGGUCAUUGCCGUGUGCGUGUACGUCAUCCCGGCCGGCGAGAGCCGCAAGAUCAAGCAUCUGAGAGUCUUCUUUGUCACGGCCUCUUGGAGUAUCUUCGCCUAUGUCUGGCUGUACCUCAUCCUGGCCGUCUUUUCCCCAGGGGUGGUCCAGGUGUGGGAGGCGCUGCUGACCCUCAUCUUCUUCCCGGUGUGCGUGGUGUUCGCCUGGAUGGCGGACAAGCGGCUGCUCUUCUACAAGUACGUGUACAAGCGCUACCGCACCGACCCGCGCAGCGGCAUCAUCAUCGGCGCCGAGGGCGACCCCCCCAAGAGCAUCGAGCUGGACGGCACGUUCGUGGGCGCCGAGGGGCCGGGCGAGGCGGGCGGCCUGGGCCCGGGCCCCGCCGAGGCCCGCGAGCUGGACGCCAGCCGCCGCGAGGUCAUCCAGAUCCUCAAGGACCUGAAGCAGAAGCACCCGGACAAGGACCUGGACCAGCUGGUGGGCAUCGCCAACUACUACGCGCUGCUGCACCAGCAGAAGAGCCGCGCCUUCUACCGCAUCCAGGCCACGCGCAUGAUGACGGGCGCGGGCAACGUGCUGCGGCGCCACGCGGCGGACGCCUCGCGCCGGGCCGGCCCCGCCGACGGGCCCGCGGAGGAGGAGGACGACGGCGCCAGCCGCAUCUUCUUCGAGCCCAGCCUCUACCACUGCCUGGAGAACUGCGGCUCCGUGCUGCUGGCCGUCACCUGCCAGGGCGGCGAGGGCAACAGCACCUUCUACGUGGACUACCGCACGGAGGACGGCUCGGCCAAGGCGGGCUCCGACUACGAGUACAGCGAGGGCACGCUGGUGUUCAAGCCGGGCGAGACGCUGAAGGAGCUGCGCAUCGGCAUCAUCGACGACGACAUCUUCGAGGAGGACGAGCACUUCUUCGUGCGGCUGCUGAACCUGCGCGUGGGCGACGCGCAGGGCAUGUUCGAGCCCGACGGCGGCGGGCGGCCCAAAGGGCGGCUGGUGGCGCCGCUGCUGGCCACCGUCACCAUCCUGGACGACGACCACGCGGGCAUCUUCUCCUUCCAGGACCGCCUGCUGCACGUGAGCGAGUGCAUGGGCACCGUGGACGUGCGCGUCGUGCGCAGCUCGGGCGCGCGCGGCACCGUGCGCCUCCCCUACCGCACGGUGGACGGCACGGCGCGCGGCGGCGGCGUGCACUACGAGGACGCGUGCGGGGAGCUCGAGUUCGGCGACGACGAGACCAUGAAAACUCUUCAGGUGAAGAUAGUGGAUGACGAGGAAUAUGAGAAAAAGGAUAAUUUCUUCAUCGAGCUGGGCCAGCCGCAGUGGCUUAAGCGAGGGAUCUCAGCCCUGCUGCUCAAUCAAGGGGACGGGGACAGGAAGCUGACAGCAGAGGAGGAGGAGGCUCGGAGGAUAGCAGAGAUGGGCAAGCCGGUUCUUGGGGAAAACUGCCGGCUGGAGGUCAUCAUUGAAGAGUCGUAUGACUUUAAGAACACAGUGGAUAAACUCAUCAAGAAAACGAACUUGGCUUUGGUGAUUGGCACCCAUUCAUGGAGGGAGCAGUUUUUAGAGGCAAUCACGGUGAGCGCAGGUGCUGUUCGCCUGCGUGCCCCCCACGGAGUACUGCCACGGCUGGGCCUGCUUCGGCGUCUGCAUCCUGGUCAUCGGCCUGCUCACUGCCCUCAUCGGCGACCUUGCCUCCCACUUUGGCUGCACCGUGGGCCUCAAGGACUCCGUCAACGCUGUGGUCUUCGUGGCCCUGGGCACCUCCAUCCCCGACACCUUCGCCAGCAAGGUGGCGGCGCUGCAGGACCAAUGCGCGGACGCGUCCAUCGGCAACGUGACCGGCUCCAACGCGGUGAACGUGUUCCUGGGCCUGGGCGUGGCCUGGUCGGUGGCCGCCGUGUACUGGGCGGUGCAGGGCCGCCCCUUCGAGGUGCGCACGGGCACGCUGGCCUUCUCCGUCACGCUCUUCACCGUCUUCGCCUUCGUGGGCAUCGCCGUGCUGCUGUACCGGCGCCGGCCGCACAUCGGCGGCGAGCUGGGCGGCCCGCGCGGCCCCAAGAUCGCCACCACCGCGCUCUUCCUCGGCCUCUGGUUCCUCUACAUCCUCUUCGCCAGCCUCGAGGCUUACUGCCACAUUCGGGGCUUCUAGCGCCCCCAGACUCGGCUCCCCCCGAGACGGCCACACGCGCGCUCCCCGGCCCGGACUCGGCCUCCCUGCCUCCUGGGAAUCCGCCUCCCCAGCCCAGGGCCCCACCGACAGCCCCUCCCUUCCCCUCGCGAGCCUCCCAGGCCCUCCUCCUAUUCGGUACCCCCUCCAGCCCGUCCACACCCCUGGGGGGGGGGGGCGCCUCGAAGCCCCGCCCUCAGGGACCCUCCCCAGACACCCAGCCCUGACUCCCCCCAGGACCCCCCCAGGGGAAGGGCCUCGGAACUUCGCCCUCCCUGGGGCCCUUGAAGGAGGCGGGUCCACCCCAGGAUAUCCAGGAUCUCAGCCAUUUCCCCCACCUUCAGGGAGCGCCAUUCAGCCCCCAGGGCAGGGGGGAGGGGAGGGCGUGCAUAGGGGGCCACACCUCCCUGGCUUCUCCGCUCAGGCCCUUGGGAGCGCGCUCUUUCUCGAGGCUUGGAGAAGGGAGGGGAGCAGUCGGGGUUCAGAGCUGGAGGGGGCGCCUGUGGGACCUGCCGUCUCUCACCUUCCAGCGCCCCGCUCUCGUCCACUACCUCCGAGAGCCCAGCCGCGCCCCGGACGGGGCCUGUGUGUACAUAGUGUGUUGGGGAAGGGGUCGCGGGAGGGUGCAUGUCUUGGGGAAAGGGGGGUGGCUGACUUCCCUUUGGAGAGGGCAGAGACUCCCCCAGCCAUGAGAACCGACUUAGGGGAGGAGGCCGGGAAUCAAAGGGAGUCCAGCCAUUCCCCCCGACAAUCCGGACGGCUCAUCGUGCCCUCAGUGCCAGCCAACCCGGGCAGGACCCUCGAAGAGGAGACCGAGGGUCCCAGAGGACCUACAAGCCAGCACAUGCUGCCACAUCUCCGCCUGAUG